UGCGGUGCAGAGGCGUGGCACCAUCAGGGGCAGCACAGCGACAGUGUGCGGCGGUGGUCACGUCGCAUUUUCGUGUUUCCACUCUGUUCUUCUGCUGCUAGCCCCUGUCGAUGAUUAAACUGGAUUAAUAGGAGGCGAGAAGCGAGUAUCUAUAAAAACUGCUUCCAGAGCAGUGAGGUGUCUUCAUGGCAAUUCGAGGACAUUCAAAGUUCACAAAACAGGAGGUUUUUGACAUGUCGAACGGUUACGAAGAUCACAUGGGUGGAGAAGGGGACAAGGAUGCAAAGACCAAUCUGAUCAUAAACUACCUGCCCCAGAGCAUGUCACAGGAGGAGCUACACAGCCUCUUCAGCAGCAUCGGGGAGGUCGACUCUGCUAAAUUAAUUCGGGACAAAGUGCAAGGCCACAGUUUAGGGUACGGAUUUGUUAACUAUGUAAACCCUAGUGAUGCAGAAAGAGCUAUCAGUACUCUGAAUGGACUAAGACUUCAGUCCAAAACUAUCAAGGUUUCUUAUGCGCGACCGAGUUCUGACAUUAUUAAAGAUGCCAACCUGUACAUCAGCGGCCUGCCUCGCGGUCUCAGCCAGAAGGAUGUGGAGGACAUGUUCUCCAGAUACGGACAGAUCAUUAACUCGCGUCUGCUUAUAGAACAGGGCACAGGUACGAAAGGUGCGUCUCGUGGCGUUGCGUUUAUCCGAUACGACAAGCGCGCAGAGGCGGAGGAGGCCAUCAAAAAUCUGAACGGGCAAAAACCUCCCGGAGCCACGGAGCCAAUUAUCGUGAAGUUUGCGGCGAAUCCAAACCAGAUGAAGAACGCUCAGCUCGUCCCUCCACAGGUGUUGCCCAACCCCUCGAGGCGAUUCGGAGGACCUCUGCACCACCAGGCCCAGCGCUUCAGGUUCUCCCCGAUGGGUGUGGACCACAUGAGUGGGAUGGGGGGUGUGGUCCCUGGCAACUGCAACAACGGCUGGUGCAUCUUCAUUUACAACCUGACGCAGGACGCCGACGAGAGCGUGCUGUGGCAAAUGUUCGGUCCGUUCGGUGCCGUCACAAAUGUCAAAGUCAUCCGCGACUUCAACACCAACAAGUGCAAAGGCUUCGGCUUUGUUACUAUGACAAAUUACGAGGAGGCAUCCAUGGCGAUCGCAAGCCUCAACGGUUAUCGUCUAGGAGACAAGGUGCUGCAAGUGUCCUUCAAGACCAACAAGGGACACAAGUAAGAGAAGAGACAAUCGAGUGAGUUAAGUGGUAAGGAGGCGACAUAUACCAGGCUUUUAUUUUGAAAAGUUUGUAAAAAUCACUAUUCUGCACCUUUUGUAUUGCAUUAGAGUAUUUGGGAAACUGUCUUUUUAAAUAGCUCCUGCAGUCUGUGGGCAGUGUUGCUAUCUCAGAGCAUCAAACACACAAAUGCAAAAAUGUUUAAAAUACAAGAAGGUUUUGGUUUCAAGUAAAUGUAAAAUAUGUCUAAAACGUAUUUGUUCUUAAGUAUUUUAAUGGUAAUUUAUAGUCUAAAGAAGAGGGGAGAUGUUCCUCAAAUCAACUCUUAUUUAGAAGUAGUUGCCUUAAAUUAUCAUCUUAAAGACUCUUAAAGAUGCUGCCUCCAGUUUGUCUAAAAGCAAAGCGCUUUUAAUGAAUAUAAUAUCACCACUGACUACAUAUAUCAAACAGUGUAAUUAUAUGGAAAUGUGGUUUAUGUUGAUAGCUAAAGUGGAUUUAUUUUGGUUUGUUAAAUUUAAGGCCUAGUAUGGAGUAGGGAGUCUGAAUGGACCAAAGGGAGGUGAUCAGGCCUGGACUAGAAACAGCAUUUAGGAAGUCUGAGAAGAGGUACUUAAGUUUGAACCAACUCAGUAAAACUAUUAAAGGGGCACUGCGUAACUUUUCUGACUUUAAGGAUCCAUCACCUGCUUAUCUUCAUAGAGAUUAUGCUACCUUUUCUGAAAUAUUCCAUAGUGUCACAUCAAACGUGUCGAUUUUCCUGCAGAUAAGCAGUUGACCCCACUAGGAAAAUUUACAUGUUAGAUCUGUGGAUUGGCGUACAUGAAUAAAAAAAUAAAUAAAAUAAAAUAAAUAAAUAAUUCUAUGUUAUAAUGUGAAACUUUCAAGGCAAAGCAAAAUCUUAUUGGAGAUAAGCAGGUGGAAUUUCAUAAAAGUUACAUAGUGCAUCUUUAAGUUUGCAGUUUAUUUUGAUUUAUUGAUUUUUUUUUUCUGAAUUAUUUUGAUUUUUUCUUUUUGAUUUUGUUUUGUUUUUUGUUUCUGUUUCUAGCGGUUAAUAGGCUUUUACUAAGUGUUAAUGAGUGCUUUCUGAAAUUGCAUUCUGUUAACUAUUUAGUUUUGAUUACUUUUCCUUGUUUUGAUGUUUGUUUUGUUUCAUUUUCAACAUAAAUCAUUAAAUUUUAUUUCAUUUUCAUCACA